UUGGAGGAAUGUCUAUUGAAUAUUUCAUGAGUUUUAAAUUUCAGUAUUAAAUUUCAAUCGGUUUAGUGAAUCUAUCGCUGUAUGCUCGAUAUUCCGCUGACAUUAGCCUUCGUAUGACAACCUACGCCCUCGAAGCCACAGUCAUCGCUUGAACCAAAUAAAUGGAGACUCUGAAGGAGUAUUUGAWCCCAAAACCAUUCAGCCAGUAUGGAUACAUUGUGGCCGUUUCGAAUUUACUUGCUGGCUUCAUUGUUGGAAUAAURACCAGUAUCAGAAAKACCGAAAGAAGAMACUUUAACUGCGAAACUGACAAAGACUUCUUGACAACAAAAUGUUUCAACCAAUACGAGCAAGAUUUCAAUUCUUCUCUACCGCUGUUUGGUUUUGCUUUCCUUACUUUUGGAAGUUUGGUUGUUGUUUGUAUUAUUUAUGCCUGGUGUUUAGCGAAAUCUCGAGUAGAAAAAAUCGAACUACACUGCACUGCAGUGACUCCUGACAAUCCUCAACCAAUUCCAAUCAAGACUCAACGUAUUUUCGUGUAUUAUUUGCUCCAGUUACUAAUUCGCUUUGGUCUUGGCAUUUUCUUUGCUUCGCUCCAGUUGACAGGCCUUUAUGCUUCAAAUUUCCCUUCAAAAUUUCACUGUCGAACGAAUCCGAAAGGAACAAGUAUUUCAACUGUGAACUUUAAUGGGACGUCAUCUAACUCGUCAGUUUUUCUGGACUGUCGCAACUCAUUUGCUCGAGAAAAAACAAAUUGGUCAAAGUCAAUAUGGAUUUUGCAUAUAAUCCUUACACUGCUUGUGUUACUGGAAGCMUUAUGUAUUUUUGCAAAGGCUUGUCGAAAUAAGACUAUUAUGAGAGACUCUGAAUUUUGCCAAAGGCAUCUUUUCAAUAAUGUAAGAAUUCCUUUAUCACAAAUGGAUUUUGCGCUUGAAAUGCAUCGAAUAUUAAUAGAGACACAGUACCUUGAACCGCUACUACCUCCAGAUCCUUUUGGAGGUGAAAAGAAGAGAUCUAUAGAUGAUGUUUAUGUUGAUCUUAUAAUACAUUCUGGUCGAGUCACGCAUGACUUCGAUUCAUCAAAGAAUCGCCACGAACUGUUGGMAGUCUACCUCAAAGCACCCAAAGCAUCGGCAAUACAUAACAUCAAAGACCUUUUCGUUUCCAAAGACAAGUCAUACAAAAACAUUCUUAUUGUUGGUCGGCCUGGAAUAGGAAAGACAUCGCUGUGCACGAAAAUCAUUCGCGAUUGGUGCAAAGGUGAAAUAAAGCAAUUCAAUUGUGUUUUUCUGUUUAAAUUUAGACAUUUGUAUGCAGACAGAUUCAAGAAGAUGUCCCUCGUGCAGUUUCUCAAUGAAUCGGAACACUCCGGAAAUAUAGACCCGAUUGUUUUUACAAAUAUCAAUUGCAAUCCUGAAUCAGUUUUGCUAAUCUUUGAUGGCUUUGACGAGUAUAAGCAUCGCAAGUACGUGGUCAAAGACCAGACCGAAUUUAGUGGCUUGAAUGCUUGCACUAAUGAAAUGCCAGCAACAGCUCUCUAUGCAAAACURUUGCARGGRAAACUGCUCUCUGGAGCCACAAUCAUGACAACUUCAAGACCAAWUGCUGUGAACUCACUCGGAAURUUAGRUGAAAGUKUUGAUAGAGUUGCUGAAAUUUUAGGAUUUACUCCUAAAAAAGUCAAAUUAUACGUUGAACAUUUUUGCGGCAAGGAUAAUAUAGCAACAGCAAGAAUGAUUUGGCAGCACAUACAAAGCAAUAUCAACCUACUGUAUCUUUGUUAYAUCCCAGUCACGUGUCGGAUUGUCUGCUCCUUUUUAGAAGAUUUUAUUCAAAACCAUAAUGACAAAGACUCUUUUAUUCUACCAACAACUCUUACUGACAUUUAUAAAGGAGCACUGAAGCUCUUMUUGYCUAAACACAACCCAGAAUAUCGGCAACAACAAACUGCUUCAAAUGACUCGCAUCCSCAUGGUUUUUCAGGGGAAAUCGAGGAAGAGUUGUCCAAACUAGGUUCAUUAGCAAGAAAAGGAAUUGAGGAGAAUAGACUUGUUUUUGAAAAAGAAGAGGUCCAGCAAUUGGAAAACUGUGGUUUGCUUAACUGCAUGCCAAGCAAAGACACUCCAGCUGCAGCUGAAUUUGGAUCGCCGCGGGCAUCUCAGUAUUGCUUCAUUCAUUUAACUUUACAAGAAUUUCUUGCAGCCAGAAAAAUUACAAAGAAAUGUGAUAUGGGUAAGAUUUCUAAGUUUAUAAGCUCCAAAGGAAAUGAUGCUGCCUGGCAUCUCGUUAUUCAGUUUAUUGCUGGAUUACUCCAAGAACAUGCUUUCCAAAUAUCCACAUGCUUUGAAAAUCUGUUGUUCGAGUCGUUAAAGAAUGGAUGUAGUAAUGUAACAUUACUUAUGUUCAAGUGCUUUUAUGAGCUAAGCAACAGAGAAGUCGCAGUCGCAGCUGCURAAAAGCUUGUAUCUAUUGAUGGAUUUAGAAAUCRCAUAGAUUGCAGCGAUAGUAAUGUCACACCUCCUGAUUGUACAGCAAUUGUGUAUGUAUUGAGGCACUGURRGGCUGGUCUGAAUUCACUCGAUAUUAGCCGUAAUAAAAGCUUUGGUGAUCAUGGUUGUUCAGAACUAAUGAAGAUGUUCAAUGGUGAUAGCUGUACACGUCAUCUCGUGGAGUUACGCCUGGAAGGUAACCAAAUAGCUGAUCAAGGUGUAAGUUGCAUGAGUGAUGCACUUAAAAGUGGUAAUUGUCAUCUCACCAAGUUAACCUUAGGAGGUAACAAAAUAGGUAAUAAAGGUGUAUCAUACCUGAGUAAUGCACUUAAAAGUGGCAAUUGUUAUCUCACCUGKUUAGACCUGGGAUUUAACCAAAUAACUGAUCAAGGUGUAUCAUACCUGAGUGGUGCACUUAAAAGUGGCAAUUGUCAUCUCACCGACUUAUACCUGGGAGGUAACAAAAUAGCUGAUCAAGGUGCAUCAUACCUGAGUAAUGCACUUAAAAGUGUUAACUGUCGUCUYACUAAGUUACACCUGGGAGGUAACCAAAUAGCUGAUGGAGGUGCAAUACACCUGGCUGGUGCACUUAAAAGUCGUAAUUGCCGUCUCGCCGAGUUAUACCUGACAUCUAACCAAAUAACUUCUAAAGGUGCAACAUACCUGAAAGAUAAGGCACGUAAAAGUGGUAUCUUUAACCUUUACCUAGAUCUCAACUUCGAUAAUGUAACAACAGCAAGCAUGAUUUGGCAGCACAUAAAGAGCAAUAUCAACCUACUGUAUCUUUGUUACAUCCCAGUCACGUGUUGGAUUGUCUGCUCCUUUUUAGAAGAUUUCAUUCAAAACCAUAAUGAUGCAAAAUCUUUUAUUCUACCAACAACUCUUACUGAUAUUUAUAAAGGAGCAUUGAGGAUCUUUUURUUUAAACACAAUCCAGAAUAUCGGCAACAACAAACUGCUUCAAGUGACUCGCAUGGUUUUUCAGAGGAAAUCGAGGAAGUGUUGUCAAAACUAGGUUCAUUAGCAAGAAAAGGAAUUGAGGAGAAACGACUCGUUUUUGAAAAAGAAGAGGUCCAGGAAUUGGAAAACUGUGGCUUACUGAACUGCAUGCCAAGCAAAGAAACUCCAGCUGAAUUUGGAGUUCAGCAGGCAUCUCAGUAUUGUUUUAUUCAUUUAACUUUACAAGAAUUUCUUGCUGCCAGAGAAAUCAUAAAGAGACAUGAUGAAGUUGAUGAAAUUUCUGAGUUUAUAAAGUCUAAAGUAGAUGAUACUGCCUGGCAUCUCGUAAUUUUGUUUAUAGCCGGAUUACUACAAGGGCAUGUUCAGCAAAUAUCCCCAUGCUUUGGAAAUGUAUUGUGUGAGUCGGUAGAGAAUGGAUGUUGUCAUGUAACAUUACUUAUGUUCAAGUGCUUUUAUGAGCUCAGCCACAAAGAAACUGCAGUUAUAGCUGCUGAAAAGCUUGCAUCUAUUGAAGGAUUUAGAAAUCGCAUAGAUUGCAGAAAUAGUAAUGUCACACCUCCUGAUUGUACUGCAAUUGUGUAUGUUCUAAGGCACUGUGGGGCUGGUCUGAAUUCACUCGAUAUUAGCAGUAAUGAUAGCUUUGGUGAUCCUGGAUGUUCAGAACUAAUGAAGAUGUUCAAUGGCGAAUUGCGCAUUAUUGACAACGAUGAAACAUUAACCAACAUUCAAAACACAAAGUCAUACUUGCUUCAUGAAAAAAUGAUUGAUCAAGGUGCAUUACACCUGGGCGAGGUACCUCAAAAUGAUAGGUGUCAUCUCGCCGAGUUAAACCUGGGAUUUAACCAAAUAACUGAUCAAGGUGCAUCAUACCUGAGUGAUGCACUUCAAAGUGGUAAUUGUCAUCUCACCGAGCUAUACCUGGGAGGUAACAAAAUAACUGAUCAAGGUGUAUCAUACCUGAGUGAUGCACUUAAAAGUGGUAAUUGUCAUCUCAUCUGGUUAAACCUGGGAUUUAACCAAAUAACUGAUCAAGGUGUAUUAUACCUGAGUGAUGCAUUUAGAAGUGGUAUCUGUCUUGUCACCGAGUUAUAUCUGAUAGGAAACAAAAUAACUGAUCAAGGUGUAUCAUACCUGAGCGACACACUUAAAAGUAGUAAAUGUCAUCUCACCGAGCUAUACCUGGCAGGUAACAAAAUAGCUGAUCAAGGUGUAAACCUGGGAUUUAACCAGAUAACUGAUCAAGGUGCAUCAUACCUGAGUGAUGCACUUAAAAGUGGUAAUUGUCAUCUCACCAAGCUAUACCUGGGAGGUAACAAAAUAGCUGAUCAAGGUGUAUCAUACCUGAGUGAUGCACUUCAAAGAGAUAAUUGUCAUCUCAGCUGGUUAGACCUGGGAUUUAACCAAAUAACUGAUCAAGGUAUAUCAUACCUGAGUGAUGCACUUAGAAGUGGUAUCUGUCUUGUCUCCGAGUUAUACCUGGGAGGUAACCAAAUAACUGAUCAAGGUGCAUUACACCUGAGUGAUGCACUUAAAAGUGCUAACUGUCGUCUCACUAAGUUACACCUGGGAGGUAACCAAAUAACUGAUAAAGGUGCAUCAUACCUGGCUGGUGCACUUAAAAGUCUCAAUUGCCCUCUCACCGAGUUAUACCUGGAGUCUAACCAAAUAACUGAUAGAGGUGCAUCAUGCCUGACUGAUACGGCCUGUAAACUGUCAUCAAACCAUUACAUCAUGUCAUGUCACACGUAAAUUUAAAUUUGGCUACUUACCUAUAUGCCUAUAUAAUAUAUAUACAGCCUUUUGCACAAAUUAU